AGAUGCUAGUCGAAUCAAUGUACAACACUUUUUAAAAGUGUUUAUCAAUAAUCCGAAAGGUUUAAUGCAGUUUCUUAAUCGUUAUAUCAAUACGGCUUCACCUUCUAAAUUAGUUCCAGGAGUUGUGGAUACAUUUUUAGAAUUAUUGUUAUAUGAAGCAAAUCGAUUGAAAACUGAUUCAUUGACAACCAAUAAAGAAUCAGAUCAAUUAUUUGAAAUGGCAAUGCAAUUAUUAUCAAAUAGUGAACUUAAUUACGAUGAAAAGAAAGCUUUGGUACUUUGUUAUCGACGCCAAUUCUACAAAGGUUGUAUAUAUUUAUGGAGGAAACAAAAAUUAUAUGAUCAAAUGCUUCGAUAUUACAUUUCACAAGAUAUGAAUCAGGAGAUCAUAGCUGUAUGUGAAGAUUAUGGUGAUCAAAUGCCUAAUUUAUGGCUUACUGCUUUAAUUUACUACGCACAUAAACCGGAACAUUCCGAUAUUCUGAAACGAGUUAUCGAUCAAGUGGACAAAUUAAAUUUGGCAUCACCACUUGUUGUUCUACAUUUAUUGUGUGAUACUGACCCGGAACAUUGUUGUAAUGUUGGAACAAUACGUGAUUAUCUUCUAUACCAUUUAGAAGCUGGUAGUAAUCGAAUUAAUACUAUGAAAAAUGAAGUGGAUCGCUUGCGUAAAGAGACAAUGCAUAAUCGUGAAGUAGUACGUAAAUUAAAUAAUCAAGUAAAAAUAUUCCAACAACAAAAAUGUCAAUUGUGUCAUCAAAGUCUGGAAACGCCAUCAAUUCAUUUUCUAUGUGAUCAUUCUUAUCAUAAAGUAUGCUUUGACAAUUAUGCUUAUGGUGAUCAACAAUGCCCUCAAUGUGCACCUCAAAAUAAGAAAUUGUUGGCUGAAAUCAAUGAUACCUUACCAAUUAAUCAAUCAUUAUAUGGAAAUAUGAAAGAAUCACCUGAUCAAUUAUUAGUGUUAUUGAAGACUGCAUUAGAUUUAGUGAAAGAGAGAAAUAUGUCUAGAGAUUCACCUUGUAGAAUGCCUUCUUCUGCGAUAAACAUUUCCACUACAACAACAACAACACCGGCUUCAAAUUUCCAUACAUCAUCAAUUCAUGCACCACUUUUAAGUAAAGCUAUAUCGAAUGUUUUAGCUCAGAAUUCUGGAUUAUUAACUAAUCCAAGUAAAUCAUCAUCAAUCGGUAGUCAGAAUAUGAAACACGUCAAUGGUCAUGGUGAUGAUGAUGCCUCGUCUAUAGAUAAACAAUCGUCCACUGGUUCAAUCAAACUUUCAACAUCUUUUAAAUCUUUGACAUUACCUCAACACCCAUCGUCAAAUCAGAUGAUGUUUACUUCGACAAGUGUUAAAAAUGUGAAUACUCUUCUUAAUGAUGAUCACAAUUCAUCAACUAAUCCUUUCGAACUGGAACCAUUUGUAUCUGAUGGUUAUUUUUCAUCGACUGAUCCAGUGCAAUCAAAUUUAUCUGUACAUAAACCAGUGAAUCCAUUUGAUGAAACCACUGAUGAUUGUAUGAAUAAUGAUGAUGAUACUAACAAAAACCGAAUAUCUCAUUCGUCUAAUCAUAAAUCUGAACAUCAUGAAUCUGUAGAUGCUGGUUUCAAUGAAUCACUAGUCAAUCAACAACAACAACAAAAUCUCUCCAAGCAACAGUCAUUAAAUCCUUUUGAUUGGGAUUAAUACAUAAAGAUUGUUACUUAGUUUUUUUCAUGCUGCCAUUAAUUUAAAAAACCUGUUUAAUUUUCUAAGUGUACACUUAUUCAAUUGUUUAACUUCUUAUUUUGAACCAUCCAAAUUGAUGGUGCUGAUAAUAAUCAAUACUGUUUCUGAUUUACUUCAAUUCUUCUCUGUGAUUUCAUUGGAUAUCAUGAUGUUCGCUUUAUAUUUCUAAGUUUUCUGAUGUUUUUCUGAUAUUAAAUAUAUAAUCAAAGCUUUA